AUAAACUGAAUUUUAUUUUGAUCUAUUUUUCGAUCGAGAGAAAAGAAAAUAAUGGGGAAUACGUCUUGCAUGUUUUGUACCUGCGUCGAACAGGGGAAUAUCGGCGUGGUGGAGCGGUUUGGCCGGUUCGAGAAAUUGGCGGAGCCUGGCCUCCACAUAUUUAAUCCUUUCGCCGGUCAGUAUCUCGCCGGCAUCCUUUCAACCAGAAUCUCCUCCCUCGAUGUUCGCAUCGAAACCAAAACCAAGGACAAUGUGUUUGUGCAAUUGCUUUGCUCGAUUCAGUACAGAGUGGUGAAGGCACAUGCUGAUGAUGCAUUUUACGAGCUGCAAAAUCCCGAUGAACAGAUCCGGGCCUAUGUGUUUGAUGUUGUUCGAGCUCUAGUUCCUAGAAUGAAUUUGGAUGAUCUCUUUGAACAAAAGGGUGAGGUUGCUAAAGCUGUUCUUGAGGAACUUGGAAAGGUGAUAGGAGAUUAUGGAUAUAGCAUUGAGCACAUACUGAUGGUUGACAUUAUACCUGAUCCUGCUGUGCGCACGGCAAUGAAUGAGAUAAAUGCAGCUCAAAGACUUCAGCUUGCCAGUGUGUACAAAGGUGAAGCUGAGAAAGUGCUCCAAGUCAAAAGAGCAGAAGCUGAAGCCGAAUCCAAGUACCUGGGUGGAGUCGGUGUGGCCAGGCAGCGUCAGGCAAUCACAGAUGGGUUGAGGGAAAACAUUUUGGACUUCUCUCACAAGGUGGAAGGCACCUCAGCCAAGGAGGUGAUGGAUCUUAUUAUGAUCACACAAUAUUUCGACACGAUCAAGGACCUCGGCAACUCCUCAAAGAACACUACCGUGUUUAUUCCCCAUGGACCUGGUCACGUUAGGGACAUUGGUGAGCAGAUCCGGAAUGGGCUGAUGGAGGCAUCAACUGCUCAAAUAAAUGUUGAAUGAAUAUCAAGACAAAACAAUCUAAUAGUCUUUGCAGGCCGUAGUGACCCAACUUUUCUUACCAUUGGCUGUCGGCUGCAGUUGCAGGUACGUUUCAUGCAUUUCAGUGUCUUGGGCCAAUGGCUAAUAUUGGCUUUUAGAGCUAAACGCAUAGCUUUUAAUUAUACCAAGAAAAAAGCAUGGCCACAAAUAUUUUUAUGUAAUAUUCUAUGACUGAUUGAAUUAAUUUUAUGUGAUGUAUGUAACUAGAAAUGAAAUAAAAUCGUUUUUGUUCAUAGUAGGGGAAAAGAAAAA